GGCGCGCGCUGCUGGUUGACGUCACACCACGAAAACGAAACUGAAGAGUCGGGGUUUCCAGGAAACUCCAAAACCCGGCCUGUUGUCUUGCUGUGCCCCUUGACAGUAUAUUUAAGAAACCUCCAGCUGGGUGUUGAGCUUGUCUUGUAGCUUCAGGUUCCGUCAACACGCUAACAGGAGACACAUUUGUGACUUUUGUACCUUGAAGACGAACGUGCUCACCGGCUAGCAGUCUUCUCUGCAGGAAAAUGGCACAUCCCAGACCCCUGCUAAUUCCAUGGCUGCGAGAGAAGGUUGACAGUGGCACCUAUCCAGGUGUCCAGUGGACCAACCAGGAGAAAACAGAGUUCUCCAUCCCAUGGAAACAUGCCCUGAGGCAGGACUCCUCUGGCUCAGACAUACUUAUCUUUAAGGCCUGGGCUGAGGCGAGUGGCAAUGGUCGGGUUCAGGGAGACUCCUCAGUCUGGAAGAGAAACUUCCGCAGCGCCCUGAGAGCAAAAGGCUUCAAACUGGUGACGGAUAACAAGAAUGAUGCAGCUAACCCUCACAAAGUCUUUCACUGGCCAGCAGAGGCAAAAUCAGGAGCAAACUCUUCUGCUGGAGCCCAGGAGCAAGAGGAUGCCAUAUUUUUCAAUGAUUUCAAUGCACCACACAAUCAUGUCCCAGACCUCGAUGAAGCACUCUUCCUUACACCUGAAAAUAUGACGGCAGCAGAUUACCCAGAAAACCAUGAUAUUCUCCAGGAGUGUCUGAAAGAUCUGAACAUCAGCCCUCAAUCAGAGGGCACCACAGGCUUCGAGCCUCUGUCUGAGCAACAACAGCUGCAGGAUCAGUUUGUGAUUGGUGGGCACCCGUUGCCUGGGCAACAGCAGGAUCCAGUAAUAUUUGAGGGUGCAUUCUGUGAAACUGGGUUGCCUGAGCAACCAGCGCGUGUGGUGGUUGGGGCUGUGGGAGGGGAUGGUGAUGAUUGGCAGUACGCAGCACAGUUCCUCAACACAGUGAACAAGACUAGAGAUGGAGAUAGUUUCAAGACUCAUUUCCGUAUAACCGUGUACUACAGAGGGGUGGAGGUUGCUAAGCAGCAGGUGGACACAGAAGCUGGAUUUCGUCUGGUCUACAGGCCUGAUCUCGUCAGCGCAGCUGUGGACCCUAAGACGGGCCUUUCUUUGGUCUCUCUGCCACAACCCAAAGGCAUUCUGGAUCAAACCCAAGCUAGGCUGACCCAAAGGAUUCUGGACAUGCUGGGGGACGGACUGGAGGUGAGGGUGUCUGCCAACGUGGUGUGGGGCCAGCGCCACGGCGAAACCAAAGUGUUCUGGAGCUUCUGCAGGUCUGAUAACAGCAGAAAGCCACAAGAGAUUUCUAAACGGAACCCUGUCCAACUUUACCUGUUCCGAGACUUCAUCCAAGGAAUCAUUUAUUUCAGUAAUGGCAGGGGCAGCCCUCCUUGCAGCUUGUUCUUCUGUCUUGGGGAGAAGUGGCCGGACCCAGAUAACAGACCAUGGGACAAAAAGCUAAUCACAGUCGAGGUGGUCCUGAUUUCCAUGGAGCUUCUGAAGACCAUAGCUGUUGAAGGUGGCGCCUCCUCCCUGAAGUCUGUGGAUCUGCAGAUAUCGCUGGAGGAGAUGAUGGACCUGUGCUGAUGUUAGUGUGAACUGAACAUCUCAAGUAAAACUGGUAACUGCUCUAGUCAUGGGGUUAACAUAAUUAUGUGUUCUGUUCUAUCUUCUAAACAACGUCAUGGCUUAAUUCUUUGCUUGGAUGUGUGAUUUGUGUCUGUUUACAUUUAAAGAUAAUACAAUAAAAUGCAACAAACUCGUUGUUCCAUUUUUUUAAUUGAUGAUUUAUUUUGCCCUAUUUACUCAAACUAAAAUGGAACUAUUGUGUAUGAAUACACAUAGUCCCCUGUAAAGACGAAUAAUGUCAUUUGAUAACUUGGGAGAAUUCGAGCUUUGUAGACUUUAUUGAAACAUUGCAACAAUAAUCAAACUUAUUUCUUCUCAGGAAAAACUACUUAACUUCACGUUUAACUCGUAGCAGUGUGAAAGCUGCUCUACAUGGUUGGUUUCAGUCAGAAUUUGACUCACUGUCAUGUUACGGCUGUUCUUUUUGUUUUUUAAGGAAUGUCCUUCACUGACACACUUAAAUGUUUACAAAACCAAUAAAUCAGGUAAACAGUU